AACUCGUGUAUUCUGAGCUCACUGAAAGCGAGGUCCGACCUACCUACCACCGUCUCUCUCCCAGCGAAGACUUCUCAUCGUUUCUUUAUUCUCGCGUUCCGCGGUUUCAUUCGCGGGAGGUGGCGGGUACCGCCACACCGGCAAUUUUAAAGUCCGGUUACCCAAGCAAAUCUCCAGUUCUUUGCCAUCUCGGUCGAGUUCUCGGAUCGCACGAGAUGGUUUCAACGCUUCUUGAGCUGCUUCCGUGACUCAUAAUCAACGCCAACGACGACUUCCGGCGGCUUCGGUUGCUGAUGGCAUUGGGCCUCCUGCUCGUGAGGCUGCUGAUGGUGGCAGCGGUCGUCGCGGGCGGGCUGCCGCGCCGCGCGGACGCCGGCGGGCUCGCGGUCGGGUUCUACAACAAAUCGUGCCCGCAGGCGGAGGACCUCGCGCUCGCCGAGAUGCGGGACAUCGUCGAGAAGGACAAGACCCUCGCGCCGGCGCUGCUGCGGUUCAUGUUCCACGACUGCUUCGUCAGGGGGUGCGACGGGUCGAUCAUGCUCGUCUCGCGGAACGGGACGGGGGAGAGGGACGCCCUCCCGAGCCACGGCCUCCGCGGCUACGGCGAGAUCGAGAGGAUCAAGGCCAAGCUGGAGCAGGCGUGCCCGCUCACCGUGUCGUGCGCGGACAUCAUCGUCAUGGCGGCCCGGGACGCCGUGUACCUGAGCGAUGGGCCGCGGUACGCGGUAGAGACCGGACGCCGGGACGGCAAGGUGUCGGCAGCCUUCGACGCCAACAACGACGUCCCGCCCCCUAGCUCCAACAUCGUCGACCUCAAGACCUACUUCAGCGUCAAGAGCUUGGGCUGGAAGGACCUCGUUGUCCUAUCAGGCAACCACACGAUCGGGUGGACGCAAUGCUCCACGUUCGCGGGGGACCGGCUGUACAACUACAGCGGGAGAGGGGUGCAGGACCCGUCGCUGAACAAGAAGUACGCGGCGGACCUGAGGCAGGCGUGCGAGGCCGGCGUCCCCGACGACGAGACGGUGGUGGCGAUGGACCCCGUGAGCCCCUACACCUUCGACCUGGCUUACUACCACGACGUGUACAACGACACGGGCCUCUUCCUCUCGGACCAGGCGCUCCUCGACGACCAGUGGACCAGGGAGUACGUGGCGCAGAUGGCGGCCGCGGCGUCGCCGGACGAGUACUUCCGCGACUACGCGGUUGCCAUGACCAACAUGGGCAGGAUCGAGGUGCUCACGGGCGACAGCGGGGAGAUCAGAAAGGUCUGCGGCGCGUACGUUGACUAAAAGCAAAGCUAGCCUAGCGAUUUUUCAAUUGGUUGAUGGUGGUGAGCUGGUGCAAGUGGUGGACUGGAUCGAUCGUCAUGUGGCGGCGACAACCACCACUGCACUUGCGUUAUUCUAUUCGGAUGGUUCGAGAACUGACGUCGCCGUGAGGCGGAUUUGUAUUGCUGGUACUGAAAGAAAAAAUAAGAAGAAAUUGUAUGUAGGCUAGCUGUAACUUUUUUUUUAUCAAUACCGCUACAUCGCGUAAACGUAUAUAUGUACUCACACAAUCACACACAGUCAUUCACACAAUGUUUGCUAAAGACCGGACUGUAAAUAAAAAGUCCUCUCUUUUGUUGUUCA